AACUCUGGCCAAUAAAAUUUGCUCCUGCCUCGUGUCUAAUUACACUGCGGACCUGUAAAUAGAGCGGCCGCGAGGCGGGCCUUAUUCAUUCUCUUAGAGUUUACCCGAGGAGCAGCGCCAUGCCCGAGCCACCUAAAAGCGCGCCCAAGAAGGGCUCCAAGAAAACCGUGACCAAGACGGCUGGUAAAGGAGGCAAGAAGCGCAGAAAGUCCAGGAAGGAGAGCUACGCUAUCUACGUGUACAAGGUCCUGAAGCAGGUACAUCCUGACACCGGCAUCUCGUCUAAGGCUAUGGGCAUCAUGAACUCCUUCGUCAAUGACAUUUUCGAGCGUAUCGCUGGUGAGUCCUCUCGUCUGGCUCACUACAACAAGCGCUCCACCAUCACCUCCAGAGAGAUCCAGACCGCUGUGCGCCUUUUACUGCCUGGCGAGCUGGCCAAGCAUGCCGUGUCCGAGGGCACAAAGGCCGUCACCAAGUACACCAGCUCCAAGUAAAGCGCGCUGCUGCUGCGGCCGCCUUCAGCAACCCAACGGCUCUUUUAAGAGCCACCCACUUUCUCAUAGAAGAGCAAAUUCGUGUCUCUCUCUUUGUGCUGUUCCCUUGUUUUAUAAUAAAUGCAGAAUUGAAU